AUGGUAUCUGGUGUAUCCACAGAAGCUAUUGAUUUGCUCUCUGAUGUCACAGCUCCGGUCGAGCAGCGCCUGGAUGUAGCCAAAAGGCUUAAGAACUACAUCAUUGGGCAAGAUCUCCGCAAGGAGCAAGCCGUGAGGGGCUCCAUCCUUCCAGGACUGAUCCGAAUUUUAAAAAACAUCCCGAGAUUGUACCCUGUACGACGAUCUGAGUCAACAGACGAGCGGGCGGAACAUCAUGUCGAGGUAGAGCAGAGCAACCCAUGGACGCCGAAGGACGAUCUUUCUCUUCAGGCUGUCCUGAUUCUAGGCAGCCUAGCAGCAGCAGGGCAGCCUUUCCUGCGACCUCUUUGUGCUAUCAACACGCCCAAGCUUUUAGUUGAAGCCUUGGCCGUAGAUGUCCCUUCCAAGAUUGCUACGGCUAUCCUCCAAGCUAUACAUAAUCUCGCCAAAUUUUGGUCCGCGGCUGGCGAAAGCCCAGUAGAGGGCUGUGAUCUCUGGCAUGCUAUCUUUAGUGAGGGCCAGAUGGACGCAUUUGACGUGCUACUUCGCCAACCCACCAACUCUUCUGCUGGACGACGACAGGUGCAGCUAAUCGCCGACAUCAUCGCUUUGCCUGCCGACGAUCAUCGCUGUCCCAACGAGCAUAAAGCCUGGCCGACGACCGUAUUCUUCAUCGAUACAUUGGCCUCACUACUAGCGGCUUACGCCAUCGAUGCUCGGCAUGUCUUGAUAAAGAGCAUUUCUGCCAGAUUACCGCCAGCGCCACCCAAAUCAGUGGUCCCGAGCAUUAUUGCAGCAAUUUCAGCCAUUGUGUUCGAAUCUACUUGGUGCGCUCAUCGCUUUAUCCUCUCGGCCUCCGUCAGAGAAUUAUUCCUUAGCCAGGGCACAGACGAACGAGAAUCGUUUGGCCCGAAACACGGCUUCCACAAUGGACACGAAAGCCUCCUGCCUCCCAUGUAUCUUGCCGCAUCCCGCUCUGUCACACAUACAUCACGUGAAUCCGCCAAUUUUCCCGCUUUGGCUUUUUAUCAAAGCGAAACUGCUGGCCCGGCUCGAUUUGAUCAUCUCAAGCCAUUGAUCUCGGACAUCGACCAUUCCAAUGCCGUCUGCAGUUGGCUAAUAGUAUUAGCUCGUUCAUUCCAGGGCAUGGACCGACUCGCAGCUCUCAGGCUUUUGGCUCACACGGAGCAUGCCCAAAAGACUCGCGAGCGCGAGCGUCAGCUGGCAACCCUCGCAAUUCCUCUCGCCAUCUCUCUAGUAAAGCGUGCAGCUGGAGCUUCACCGUCAGAUGACGGUGAUGAUGAAAAUCUCACCAUCGAUCUUAGGAGCCAAGCGUGCUCGGUACUCGCUCUGUUGGUAUCGAGUAGCAGAGAACUGCAAGUCGCAUCCGCACAGUCGGCGGUAUUCAAAAGCAUAUGCCCUUUGUUGAAGAAAAGCUUCAAUGCUAUCACUCCCGCUAAGCAAAUGUGGUCUGCAAAGGCCAUUCCGGCCGUGACAGAAGAUACUCCAGAACACUGCCGGCUGGGUGAGAGAGGUAUAUCGGACGGACUGAUGCAGGCUAUGCGCUGUCGACACGGUGCUUUGACCGCGAUCGCAGCCCUGACUGAUCAUGAAGAUAGCCUCCGGCAGAACGUCAUUGACGAAGGGGCAAUGAGCUUCAUGGUCGAUUCCCUCAAACCUUUUCCGAGUGUUGGCCCGGGGUCAGACAAGGCAAGCUUACAACACCUCAUGCCUGAAGAUGGCAAUACCACACCUGUGCUCAUCGCUGCUUGUCGUGCCGCGCAAUGUAUGGCCCGCAGUGUGAGCGUGCUUCGCACGAGCCUGGUCGAUGGUGGUAUUGUAUCGCCAUUGUUGCGUCUACUUGUCCACAAAAACGUGGAUGUGCGCCUCGCGACUACAGAUGUCUGCUGCAAUCUGGUCCUCACAUUUAGUCCCAUGCGAGAAGAGCUAGCGGCGGAAGACGGUCAAUUUGUCACUACUCUCGCUGCACACGCACGCUCUGGUGAGACUCCGGAGCUUCGCAUAGCAAGCAUGUGUGCCCUAAAGAACCUGGUGCAUGAUUGCAGCAAGGAAAAGAAGAUUGCGAUACUGGACGAAUUGGGUGUAUCAUGGUUGAUCGGGACCAUUGAGGGUGAUCAAAGAGAUGCCUCCGCUAUCAGCAAUCACGGCGGAGUCAGCGUUGGCCUCAGUACGGCCAAUGCAGCUGGUGAGCAGGUCGAUCUUCUGAACCCCUCGACGAUGGAUGUGGAUGAUGCCACUGCGAGUCGGGAAGACGGCGAAGUUCUCUAUGACGAAGCCUCGAGCACACAUUAUCAGGAUUCUCAGCUACGCUCCACUCUGCAGGCGCCGCCACGCGUCUUCAACCCUAGACGCUAUCUCUCCUCAAUCCGUCAAUUCGAAGAAAAUCGCGAGUAUGCCUUGAAGCGAAACGAGGCUGCAAUGCAAGCCCAAGCACUGGACUUUAUCCGUAACCUGAUACAUGGCAAUGAUGCAACAGCUUUGAUCGACCAUGUUACUCAGCAGCUAGGCCCAAACCGACUCAUCGAGCUGCUUACAGCCAAACUCAUGCCAAUAUCAGAUGUCAAAGGCUGGCCCGGUACAAGUGCGACAGUGCCAGUCUAUAAUCCUACGCCGCUCAUGUUGUCCACUAUACACGUUUGUGUACACCUGGCCACCCUAUCCACUCACCAUCGUUCUUUGAUCAUGAACCACCCCGCUUUAUUCCGCGCACUUCUUCCACAUCUUCGUCAUAGCGAGGCUCCUGUACGAUCGGCCUGUCUCUGGGUCAUCGCCAACGUCACCUGGUCGGAAGACGAGAGCGACCGUCUUGAUGCACGUGCGCGCGUUGCCACGCUCCGGUCCAUGGGCUUCGAAACUGCCGUCAAGUCAAUGACUGACGACCCGAGUCUCAAUGUGCGAGAAAGGGUCAAAACCGCUCUCGAUCAGUUCCGCGUCAGCGGUGGUCUUACCUAG